CCAUCCCAUCGCUGAUGCGCGAGAGGAAACUUUCUGCAAAGACUAGAACGAGACGCGCUCGCACCGCGUUCUGGCACGGCGCUGCAUCGCGAGGAGGAAGCAACGCUCUGCGUGUCUGUAAAUGAGUUUCAGUGUCUCGGCACACCGGAGACGCUUUUAAAAUUCAUGAACGACUCCAAAUGAACCGAACACUACGUGCUGCUCGCCUGUCACGCUGAAGUGGCCUGUUAACGGCUCAUGAACUUGACUGCGUUCGGAGAAAAGGAUAACGUUACUUUAUUUCUGAUUAGUCGGGCACGACAAAACGGACGGUGGGAAGGAUUUUAAAAAGGCCCUUCUGUCAAGAUGAACAACAAAAUUGAAAAGGACAACGAGACUAGUGAAUACAGCCAGGAGGAAGAGGUCCGGACUCUGUUUGUCAGUGGUUUGCCCUUGGACAUCAAACCGCGUGAGCUCUAUCUGCUCUUCAGGCCAUUUAAAGGCUAUGAAGGCUCAUUGAUCAAACUUACGUCAAAACAGCCGGUGGGCUUUGUGAGCUUUGACAGCAGAUCAGAAGCUGACGCAGCAAAGAAUGCCCUGAAUGGAGUUCGCUUUGACCCAGAAAUCCCACAGACUUUACGCCUGGAGUUCGCCAAGGCCAACACAAAGAUGGCCAAGAACAAGCUGGUUGGGACGCCCAAUCCCCCUCCCACUCAACAGAGCCCUGGACCCCCCUUCAUAAGCAGAGACCCCUAUGAGCUGACCCUGCCCGGUCUGUACCCCAGCAGUCCUGAUGUGUGGGCGUCGUAUCCACUGUACCCCACGGAGCUAUCACCCGCCCUCGCACCUGCUUUCACUUACCCCUCUUCUCUGCACGCUCAGAUCCGUUGGCUUCCUCCAGCAGAUGCUCAGGGAUGGAAGUCCAGACAGUUCUGCUGAAAUACAUGUUCCCUAUGUGUGAUGCUCACCACAGCUGGCCUUGAUCAAGCUGCCCAUCCUUUGCACUGCAUCCCACUCGCUCUCUCACCGUCUCUCUGUCUCCGUUUCUCUCCGUCUCUCUCUACAUAUCUCCUUUUCUCUCUUUCUUUGCGCAUGUCUAUUGUCUUUGCCCCCCUUUCUCUUCCUUUUUCUCCCUAUCCUCUUCCUCUCAGUCCAGACCAGGGGCUUCCAGACUCGUCUUCUCCAGUCACGGCCCACAGGUUAACUUCAUCUCCACCCCUGGCUGGCGAAUCAAGACCAGCUCUGCCUCCAUCACACAGCCCCUGUCCCGCCGGCCCUGCCGCCAGACCCCAGACCUAUCCACCUUUCCACUGUUGCACCGCUAACACUUUAAUUGAAGGAGCGCGCAUGAGCCCAGCGGUACCCUUCCCUGGUUUUACCGCUGAGGUGGGCGAGCAACGAGACCCCCAGUCCGCGUCCACACGGACAGCAGGGCUAGCUGUCGCCACCGGAGCGGUUUCAUUCGUGCCGUUCGUUUGACAUCCAAGCUGUUUUCCCCGCGACCGUGACCAGGUCACGGCGACCGAGAACAGGUCACGGUGACCGUGAAAUCCGCCCGGUGACCGCGAACUCAUCCGGCCACGUGGCUGACGUGUGGAACUCCUCAUAUUGAAAUGUUGUGGUUGCGCAUUAACCAUAUUAUCUUUAUCAUUAUUAUUACUGUCGUCGUUGCUAUUUACAUCAGUUAUACUUUGAAAGUUCGGCCCAAGUUCGGCCCAGACCGAUGACGAUGCUGUAAUUUUUUUAAUAUUUUGAAGACGCAGAAGUAUUUUUGUAAUCAAGCGAAUGUUCUCCAGCGCAGUGCGGUUCUGACUGCCAAUGUUGUCCUCUGAAUGUCUUCUCCCUUUCCUGCUGUUGAUCAACGCUGGCAGACAGCGUAGGACAGUUUGUCCGCCUCUCAUGUCUCUUCGGGCAUAUAUUCACUAUGAGGUUAUAGCCAGACCGGUAGAAAUAACCGCUGAGAACUGAUCUGGUAGCUGGUUCCGAUCAUCAGACGUGUUCGUUACUGGUCUUAGUGCUGUUCCGCAGUAACUAAGGGGUGGAGAACGCUGUGAUGAAGAGUUCAGGUUCAGAAAGUAAAAGUCCUCCUCAUGAUUUCGCACCAACUCUCUGUCUGACACCAACUGUCUGACACCAACUGCCAGCAGGAGUAAUUCAUUAGUGAAAUCAACCGCAUGUUUCAAAAUCACGGCAGGACGCUUUUUGAGCUUGUGCAUCUCUUGGAUAGAUGUUGGAUAGUUCUGUUUGCAAAACUGUUCAUUUUUGAUUUAGUAAAUUUAUUCCAGCUGCCAAAGACAAUCAACAACAACAAAAAAAGAGAAGACAAUUGAGCUUCCAGUGUGUCGGUCCAACAGAACACAGUGGUCUCACUUUGUCUUGAGUCCUCUUUGCUAUUAGACAUGUAUAGAUUUUUCUAGAACAUCUGCUGUAACAGCUACAUCAAACGGUUCUUUUUAAAGGGGAUUGCUAGCAGCCCAGUAGAGACAGGCAAGGUGAAUGUGAUUUGUAGCAGAUGUACAUGGCAGGGAGCCUCUUUGUACAGAUGACAUGAUGGGCCCCAGCUCAUUUCUCUCUGGAUCCUCAAGUAAUAUCCUGCAUGUAGCAUCUUAGCUGGCUUGGUUGACUUUUUCUUUAAUUACAGAAAAAACAUCUUUGUACCUGAAAGUAAACAACAACAACAACAACAACAAACAAACAAACAAACAACAACAACAAAAAACCCAUAAGCGAAGUUUUUAGAGUGAAGCUGUGUCAUCUUUUUUGGAUCUGAGAGAAAAAGGAUAGAAAUCCAGUGUUUGUGAGGUCUAAAUACAGUUCCAUAUGUUUCUCCCUCUUCAAAUGCUAUUAUUGUCUUCGGGUUGGAACAAACUGACAAAAUAAAAUAAAAAACCCAACAGUUUUUAAGGCGGUGUGAGCUCACCAGCUGUACUCUGGCUGCAUACUGAAGCAACUUUUGUGCAUGCUGGAGAUAUACAUUUUUGGUUCAGCAUUUGUGCUUAUUGUGUAUUAUUGACAUGUGAACUUCCACAGGAUUUUUGGAUUGUGCUUUGGUAGAAGAUACUGUAUAAAACAAACCUUUGUCAAAAAAAAUAAAAAAUAAAAUAAAAGCAGUUUUUAUAAAUAUAUAUAAAAUCUACUGAAACCUCUUAACAAAAGUGUAUUUUAUAAUGAGCAUUUUAACUUAAUGUGCAGGUUUUUUUGACUUUUUGAAACUGAUGCUGUGUUUUAGCUGAAGUGUCUGCUUUUUCCACACUGGACUUGUUGUUUUUCUAUUUUGCGGGCUGUUAUAAUGCGAUAAUGCAUCUAUCUUUUUCUCUUUCACACCCCCUUUCUCUCUCUCUCUCUCUCUUCUCUUCUUACUCUCCUGCAGUAAUAGUCUGUUCUCCCCUGGAGGAAUACCUCAUAGGGUGCUACACACACACACACACACACACAAACACACACACACACACACACACACACACACACUUGGGAUCAUGAGGCAUAGUUCUAAUUCUGUAAAUCACACACCCAGGUCAUAUGACUCCCAUUGAAGACUGGGAAUGAAAAUCUGCAAAGCGUUAUGGGAUGCAAUAGAUGUUACUGUUACAUUGAAAAUAUGUGGUUGUGUCAGAGUCGGUUUUGCAAUUUUGACAAGUGCAUUUAAGAAGUGUUGCCACAUGUGAAAUUUGUGUAGGUGUGUCAGCAUACCUGUGUGUAAGUUAACAGAUGUAUUUAUUGUGUGUGUGUGUAUGUUUGUGUGUAUUUUCAAACACGUCAGUCUGGCCUGUACUUGUCUGGAUACGUGUGGGGGAAUAAUAGCCUGUCCCUUUGUUCCACAUCUGUCAGAAGUAUAUUACACUGCUCCUCAAGAAUGCAGGGGUUUGAGUAAAAGUAAAAUUAGAUUAUAAAUGUGUGAGGAGCUGUGUGUGAGAGAGAUUUACCUCACUGCUGAAAUACCACCUCUCUAACUUAUUUACUCUCCAGGGAGUCUCUGUUCCCUUUGUUAAUACAGCUAUUUACAACCAGGA